AUACACAAAACAGAAAACAGAGUUGAUAAGAUUAUAACUUUUGUUUAUUCCUAGUUAUAUAUAUUACUCGUACUGACUAAUACUAAUAUACCAAGUUGUACUCCUGAGUUUCCCAGUAUCUAGCUGUUUUUAUGAUGGAGAACAGUAAAAACAGUGCUGGUUUUUCUUCUCCAAGAACUGAUACUUUUCCAGCUGGUUUAAGGGUUCUUGUUGUUGAUGAUGAUCCUACUUGGUUGAAGAUUCUUGAAAAGAUGCUUAAGAAGUGUUCUUAUGAAGUGACGACAUGUGGUCUAGCACGAGAGGCUUUGUAUUUGCUCCGAGAAAGAAAGGAUGGAUUCGACAUUGUGAUCAUUGAUGUUAACAUGUCUGACCUGGAUGGAUUUAAAUUUUUGAAGCAUGUUGAACUUGAGAUGGAUCUUCCUGUCAUAAUGAUGUCUGUUGAUGGUGAAACAAGUAGGGUGAUGAAGGGUGUUCAACACGGUGCUUGUGAUUAUCUCUUAAAGCCUAUACGGAUGAAAGAACUUAGGAACAUAUGGCAGCAUGUACUAAGAAAAAAGAUGCAGGAAGCAAGGGACACUAGAAAUCAUGAACUGGACCAACAUGAUGAAGUGUGGAUGUUUAAUGGAUCUCAAAUCCUUUCAGGAAAGAAGAGAAAGGAUUUUGAGAAUAAGCAUGAUGACAAAGAAAUGUCUGAUUCAAGAUGUGUUGAUUCUCCUUCCAUGAAGAAAGCCAGAGUAGUUUGGACUGUAGAUCUUCAUCAGAAAUUUGUCAAGGCUGUAAACCAGAUAGGAUAUGACAGUAAGUUCAUUGAAAUUUCUGUUUACUCUCAAGUAAGUUGCACCAAAUGAUGAAAACCAAAAUUUUAGUUCCAUUCAUAAAGUUUUUCUCUACAUAUUUCUAGUAAUUAUUUUCUUGGGAUAUUGUGAUAAUGUUUUUUUUUUUUUUUUUUUUUUUUAAUGUUUUGCAGAAGUUGGUCCCAAGAAGAUCCUUGACUUGAUGGGUGUCCCAUGGUUGACUAGAGAAAAUGUUGCUAGCCACUUACAGGUAAAUCAUUAUUACAACUUGAGAAAGGUUUGCUUGUGCUACACCAAUCACAUGUUUGUUUAUUGGCAAAAGGUCUAAUUGGGUAAAAUAGUGGCACAAUCCUCCAUAUUCGGGGCACAGCAAAAAGAAUUUGGGAAGAUUUUUAAGUUAUAUAAAUCUCCCCCCGUCGUUUCAAUUUAUGUGGAUCUAUUUAAUUAGAUAUAACAUUAAAAGAGAGGUAUUUGAAACUUCAGGCAUUAAACAUUACAUAAUAUUUGUAUGGUUAUAAGACUUUGAAUUAAAGUCUUAAAUAUAACUGAUACUAACUUGCAUGAGACUUUUUUUUUUAUUUCACAAACGGAAAUACCAAAGUUUUGUGGACCCAAAAGUGUAAGGUUUUGAACUUUUGGUCCCUCAACUUGUGAGAUUAAAAAAAGACUCAUAUAACUAGUAUCAAUUGAGAUACAAAAUAAUUUUUUUUGUCAACCACUCUGAUAGAACCUUUUUGGUGUUUGCUCCAGGGAACAUUAAUUUGAUUAAAAGACUAUUUGAAAGGCUAGGUUUUCUGGCUUCUAUACAAUCACCUAAGUUUUCAAAGUUUUUGCCAAUAGAAACAAAACUGAAAAAUUGAUCUCAAGCAGUACCUCUUCAAAUUAAGUGAUCAAUUCAUAAAUCAAAGUAUUUCUCUUUAAAACAGGAAAUGAUUGAUCGUUGAUGCUGGUAUCUAAUAAAUGUGUCUGGUAAAUGCACGUGGACAUGAAUAUACCACACUUCUUAUAGAAAGUUGCACCAAUCUUUCUUUUUGAUCUUUUGAAAACCGUGUUUAUGCCAAGUAUAUUGGAGAAUGCUUCCCUUCAUUUUAUUUGACAUAUAAGUGAUAAUUGACCAACACAAAUUAAUCAACCUUUGUCGGUCAAACAUACAUCAACAAUAAUAAUAUACAAAAGUUCAAUGAAUCUCUUUUGUUCAUUUGGCUGUGUUUGGCAUGAAGUUUUUAAUUUUUCAUAUUUGGUUAGUCUUUGAAAAAUAUUUUCUUAAAAAAUCGAAAAAUAUUUUCUUAAAAAGUCAAAAAAUAUUUUUUCUGGUAUAAGGAAAACAAGUCCAUAGAUAAUAUUCCACGUUAAGUGCCGUCUUUCUGCCCGCCAACACAACCUCCCCACGCGCCCGCCCCCCUCCCCCCCCCAAAACUCCCCCUCCCACCCCACACCCUCUGCCCCCUGGCCCCCAGCCCUACCCUUAUAGUGUUAGCCUAGAUAAUAUGCAAAUGUUCUUGAGCUAAUAUUUUCUGCGUACUUACCCAACAUUAAAAAAUAAGUAAAAGCACCAUUUAUUUUCCUCAAACUUUGCACCAAACACAGCCUUUGUUGUCGUCAUUUUGUGUGUGUGGGGGGGGUUUCGUUAGCUUGAACUAUUUGCCUAUAAGUUGAGGUUAAUUAUGUAAAUGGCUAAA